CGGCGCCGGGGGCGGGCGGCCGCAUGAGGCGCUGGGCCGGCGGCCGCGGGAGGGCGGCGCGGCCCGCGGCCCGGUCGCUCCCGCUGCAGCUGCUGGCCGGCGCGCUGUGCCCUGACAGCUGGGCCUCGGCCGCUCUCGUCUCGGCCGCGUCUCGGGCCGCCGCUGGUGACCACUCGCCGCGCUGCCGGAGGCUUCACCCGCGCCCUCCCUCAGGACGCGCCCGCGAAGCUCGGGCGCCUUCGCCCCGGACCCGGAGGCCGCGCUGCGCGGGGCGGCGGCGAGGCUGGAAGAUGGCCUGGGUGCUCAAGAUGGACGAGGUGAUCGAGUCCGGGCUGGUGCACGACUUCGACUCCAGCCUGUCCGGCAUCGGGCAGGAGCUGGGCGCCGGCGCCUACAGCAUGAGUGAUGUAUUGGCAUUGCCCAUUUUCAAGCAAGAAGAUUCCAGCCUUUCUUUGGAUGGUGAGGCCAAGCACCCCCCAUUUCAGUAUGUGAUGUGUGCUGCGACUUCACCAGCCGUGAAACUGCAUGAUGAGACCCUCACUUACUUGAACCAAGGCCAGUCUUAUGAAAUUCGGAUGCUGGAUAAUCGCAAAAUGGGAGAUAUGCCUGAGAUCAGUGGAAAAUUGGUAAAGAGCAUCAUAAGGGUGGUGUUCCAUGACAGACGGCUACAGUACACAGAGCAUCAGCAGCUUGAAGGCUGGAAGUGGAAUCGCCCAGGAGACAGACUUCUCGAUUUAGAUAUUCCAAUGUCUGUGGGAAUAAUUGACACAAGGACAAAUCCAAGCCAGUUAAAUGCAGUUGAAUUUCUGUGGGACCCUGCAAAGCGCACAUCUGCCUUCAUUCAGGUACACUGCAUCAGCACAGAGUUCACUCCACGUAAGCACGGAGGUGAAAAGGGGGUGCCUUUUAGGAUCCAGGUUGACACCUUUAAGCAGAAUGAAAAUGGAGAAUACACAGAUCAUCUUCACUCAGCUAGCUGCCAAAUCAAAGUCUUUAAGCCUAAAGGUGCGGAUAGGAAACAAAAAACUGACCGAGAAAAGAUGGAGAAGAGAACAGCUCAUGAAAAAGAAAAGUAUCAGCCAUCUUAUGACACCACCAUCCUCACAGAGAUGAGGCUUGAGCCUAUAAUUGAAGAUGCAGUUGAACAUGAGCAGAAAAAGUCCAGCAAGCGGACUUUGCCAGCAGACUACGGUGAUUCUCUGGCAAAGCGAGGCAGUUGCUCUCCAUGGCCUGACACCCCCACAGCCUAUGUGAAUAACAGCCCUUCCCCAGCGCCCACAUUCACCUCCUCACAGCAGAGCACGUGCAGUAUCCCAGACAGCAAUUCUUCAUCCCCAAAUCACCAGGGAGAUGGAGUUGCACAGGUGUCUGGGGAACAAAUUCAGCCUUCAGCUACAACCCAGGAAACACAGCAGUGGCUGCUCAAAAACAGGUUCUCUUCCUACACAAGACUGUUUUCUAAUUUUUCAGGUGCCGACUUAUUAAAGCUGACAAAGGAGGAUUUAGUUCAGAUUUGUGGUGCAGCCGAUGGAAUUCGGCUCUAUAAUUCCCUGAAGUCAAGGUCAGUUAGGCCCCGCUUAACCAUCUAUGUCUGCCAGGAGCAGCCGAAUAGCACUGUGCUGCAGGAGCAGCCACAAGCUGCAGGCAGUGGAGGCGAGAGUGGCAGUGGGACACCCUGCGUUUAUCAUGCAAUCUACUUGGAAGAAAUGGUUGCCUCAGAAGUUGCUCGAAAACUUGCCUCGGUGUUUAAUAUUCCUUUCCACCAAAUUAACCAGGUUUACAGACAGGGCCCCACUGGCAUCCACAUUCUUGUUAGUGACCAGAUGGUUCAGAACUUUCAAGACGAGAGUUGUUUUUUAUUCUCCACAGUGAAAGCUGAAAAUAAUGACGGUAUUCACAUAAUUUUGAAGUGAUACCUUAUACAGACUGAACUCUAUUCAGUACCAAAUAAAGUCAUGCUUAAAAGUGUGUGAAGACUGAAUCCAAGAAGUCUUGGGAUUGGAUUUUACUGUGAAAUGUUUCAUAUUGAAAACACAAGAUGACCUUCCUAAUGAGCUGUAGGAGAGACAAGUCUCCUCAUUGUCACUGCCACAGCCCAGUACCCUCAUGAGAGCGAGCACAUCAGUCAACGUGCAACCAGCUCCCGGCCACGGCGUGGGCACAAGUGCCCACUUCCCUAGCAGGGCCAUCGGCCAGAGUUCCCGAAGCAGUCUCUGCAGCCUUUGACACUGUAGCGGUUUGAAAUGAAUGUAAAAACUCAGCCGUGGGCAGUUCCCUUUCUGUGCCAGUCUGGCCUUUGUUGCCUGACCCUUAGCUGACCUGGGUGGAGAUAGGGUGUGUUCUCUGGGAGCUGUGCUGCAGACUCGGCGGCAUCGGUCAGGCAAGAGGCUGAGCACCUUCUCAGAAGUGAUCAUGUCUGAAGGUGUACAUCCGAGGGGGUCAUGCCAGACCAGGGAAGAGCCAAGCAGAGGAGAGGAGCAAGCUAUCAGAAGUACCUUGGUGUGAGGUCAGUGUAAACCCUAAUAGGUACAAAGACUUGGGUGUUUGGCUUUCGCUUCAUGUUUAGCAUUUUAGUUUCCAGAUUUCACCUUUUACAACCCCGUUGCCUUUUAAACUCACGUGGUUUCCUUUGUUCUCAUCUCCCUAUUCUCCAUCCCCGCCCCACCCAGUACACACUUAAGCCUCCCGAGUAGCUGGGACUCCAGGUACUACUUGUUCUGUGCCUGACUCUGUUCUUAAACAUGUUUAAAGCCCUUCCCCAGACAUUAGAACUAGGUGAUCUAACAGGGGAAACAAAGUAUUAUUAUUGUUGAUAGCUUCUGACUUGGUGUUAAAGGGAUCUUUGUUUUGAAUGAGACACAAGUACCCAUGGAAACACUAGAUGUCACAACAAGACACUAAAAGGUACCAUAACACCCCCCUCCCUCGCUCCUCCCCUCAGAUGCUGAGUUUCAGUACAAUCAUGGAUAUUUCUCUGGUGAUUAGUUAGGAGCUGUUAAGGUGUCCUGCUGCUUUGUAACAGGUGUGCCUCUGUAGGAUCACAUGUGCUCGCAUACCACUCUCGAAGGGAGUCUUUGCCUUUUCCCUCCCCAUCACCACCUCUCCAGAGUUCAUCAGCAAACAUUUUGUGAGGCCUGUGGCAGGUCUGAGUUUUAAGAAACUUUUUUCCAUUUUAAUUAAUUAUGUAGCAUCUCUGCCCAUUCACUCAGCUGCUGGCUGUGAAUGUCGGUCUGACCCUUGUUCAGGUGGGUAGGAAUGACUACUUCAGUGGGUAACGGCUUUAACGUCUUGCAUUUUAUUCAUAAUGGGGGUUAAUUAUUUGCCACAAACUAAACUGUCUCCAUGUUUUCAUCUUGGGCUUGGCAGCGCUGUGGCUCUGCAGCCCUUCAGGAGGGGAGCGUUCCCAUCUGCCCUUCCCUUUGCUUUUGUGACCACAUGCUUUCUGUACCAGUCACUUAUUUAGGAAAGAAGCGAAUUUAUCUCUGAAUUGUUUUUAGAGUUUUGCUUGUCUGUCUGUUAGCUUUCUUUUUCGGAUCUCAUGAUUUAUGGAACAAUAAAUGUCAUUUAAUGCUGUGUGCUAUUUUGAAUUCCUGAUCAGGUUUUAGAAGUGGGGUGAAAGUACUUACAAGCUCCUCAGACUUGAAACUGUGCUGAGCAGCACAAAGUGCUAGUCUGUCUCAGUGAAACUGUACAGAACCCACAGCACCAGCAGUUUGCUCCUUUGGUUACUAGGAUGUACAGUUGAGUGUAAUAAAUGUUUUCUGACUGUUUUGUAAA